AAUUCUAACAUCUGACAACACAAUUUUAAAUGAAACACGUAUUCAUCGAGUAUCAGUUCGCGGUUAAAAACGGAUUGUAUUAUCACGUGUAAGAUCUCUCUACUUCUAAUACUACAAUUUUAAAAUUGAUUUUUGUUAGGUAUGUGUUAUGUAUAUAUAAAUGAACGAAUGAAAUUAUUUUAAUUAUAAAUUAUUAAGAUAUUUCUUUUAAUAUAUUUUUCAACAUCUAUCUAUAUUACGAGCUUAUUCAAGUAGUAAUUUUAGAACGAAACAAAGAACAAUGACUGUACACGUUUCUACUUUCUCUGUUAAUAUAUUGAUACAAUACACGACAAGUAUUUUUCUCUUUCUAUUGACAAUACGUAACGAUAUUUCGUCUGCCAAAAUUUGCAACGCAUCAUUGGAAAAUUGGCAAUCUCGAAUCGGUAUACUUAUUUCACCGAUAAUCUCGGGAUCAAUGAUGCGCGAAAUAGAAAUUUAUUGGAACAACGUCAAUAUUGAACCUGAGGAUAAAAUCUCGCUAUACGCGGAAGACUCUGAGGGACUUCAACGUGAAAUUUACACCGUCAUUCCGGGCGAUUCGAGCGGGAUUCAAAAAACCGGGGUUUUAUUUAUUUUUUUAACAAUUUUCUUCUUUUCAGAGUACGGAAUAAUAUGGAAAACGAAGAGAGGAGACAUAAAAAAAAUCGAUUGUUUAAAAACGUAUCCAACGUGGAUGAAAGACAUGAAUGAUAUUCUCGGUCCUUUGAAGAUAAAGGAUAUAUUUUUACCCGGAACCCAUGAUUCCGCGGCUUACGAUGUGAACGGCAAUAUAAUAAGCAUCAUUUCGAAAUUUGCCGUGACACAGGAUUUGGAUAUUCUUGGACAAUUGAUACACGGUGUACGAUACUUGGACAUCAGAUUGGGCCAUUAUCCCGACGACAGUGAGGUUUGGUGGACGAUCCACGGCCCAUUUUAUCGUUCAGUCCCGUUAAGGAUUGUUAUAGAUCAUGUGAAAAAUUUUCUCGACAAUACCGAGGAAAUCGUGAUAAUGGACAUACGUGAAUUCGCCGUUGGUUUCAAUAAUUAUUCCGAUCAUCGCGCGUUGGUGUCCCAUUUGGAAGACGAAUUUCGCGAUUACUAUCUGAUCCGAAAUAAUCAAGGAUGGGGCGUCACGUUGAACGAGAUCUGGUCUUCUGGAAAAAGAUUGAUAAUCGGUUACGAGGAUUCGAAAGUCGUGGCUAAUCACGCCAGUGUCUGGCCUUGUGUGACGCAUAAAUGGGGGAAUGUCAAGACCGUUGAGGACUUGUACAAAUAUUUGCAUAAAAUUGAAACCAACAAUAGGGACAGCAUUCUGAGACCCCGAUCUGCGAUGGCGGAAUUGACCCCGGAUUUUAACGAUAUCAUCUCGAAUAGAUUGGGAAAUCUUCGAGAUAUGGCGCAUAGAGUUAAUUUGAAUGUGACUAAUUGGUAUAGCACCAUUUGGCAAUACACUGCGAAUAUCGUAGCUACAGAUUUCGUCAGGGACACGGAUAUCGUUCAAGUUGCCAUUAAAUCUAACAAAAAUCGUUAUCUCUAUUGUAAGCACAAUAAUUUAAUUUGAUUGAUUGAUUGAUUUAAUCGUUGAAGAAAAGAAUUUAUUUUUAUAUUGAAUUUGUUUUGCAUAUGUUGUAAAUAAAUAUUGUAAAUAAUAUCGGUAAAUCUUCAGACGAGAGAUUUUUAUGAUCUAUAAAUAAUAUGUAUUCGAGCAAUAAAAUCUUUUAAAUAA